AUGCUAGCUUUCCUCAUGUCGCGCUGCCUCCUGGUGUGCCAGCUGGGCCUGCUCUUCGCGGCCCUCUCCGCCGUGCAGGCCGUCCACGACACCGUGCAAGAAUGGGUGGCCCUCGCACUGGGCGGGCAGCCCCUGCGCCGGGCCGCGGGCCUGGCCGUACUAGUGUCUGAGGCUCUCGCAGGCCGCUUCAGCGGCAGCCCCGCCGCGAGCGUGGCGGGGUCGGCCGCGGCAGAGGGGGGCAUGCGCGUGCUGCUGGUGCAGGUGGCCUCCCAGCUAGCGGGGCCGGCCGCGGUUUGGCUGCUGGCGUGCGCCCUGCUCGCACUGCAGCUGCGCACAACAGGGCUGCCACGCACCGCCUUCUCCGCUGGCCCAAGGAAGGCCCGAGCUGAUGGGCUCUUAACAACAUCAAACUUCGACUGUGUUGUCCGCCCCAGAGCAACCGUUGAACCUGCUGACGAUUGUUUGAGUCUGGCGAGCGGGCAGGGAAAGGAGCAGUCCACCGGUACUCUUGCAAUGGAGAAGAGUAGGCCUGAAGCUCGACUGCACAGAUUGAUUCACGGGACGACCAGACAAGAAUGGAACAUUUGUAACACGUUUGGCGACGGUUUGUCGAGCCCGUCCAGCUACGACCUAGGGGAGGUGCUCGACGAAACGUCCAAGUCUGGAGUGGGCGAUGCGGGGGAUACUGCUGUCCCAUGCCCUGCGGUGCGCCCGCCCUUCCACACCCGCUCCAACGCAAGGGCCAUCCGUGCGGCGGCCCGCCUCCUGGUGCAUGUGCUGGGGCGAAUGCAGCCCGCGGACGUGCUCCUGCCGUACCGUCCGCUGCGCUGUGCGCGCCUCCUCCUGGGUGUCCCGCUGGCGGCAUCGGCGGGCCAGCUGGCGUGGGUGGCCGUGUCGGGCAGCGUGGUGUGCGCGGCGCUGGGCCUGCUGCCGCUGUACCCGGGGGCGGACGGCGGCCGCCUGCUGUGCGCCGUGCUGGGCAGCCCCCCCGCGUAUUGGGCGGGGCUGGCCGUACCGUGCAGCAGAGUGGAGCACGCGCAGCGGUUGUGGGCAGGUGCUGCAGUGACACUGCUGACGUUGUGGGACGUGGCGCAGCUGGGGGCCGAGGCCUGGGCCAGGCCGCCCUGGUUGUGCCACAAGCGGAGGCGACCCUGCGAGCCCGCUGUCGACUUCCCGGAGCCUGGCUCGUCAGGUGUGGGCGAGGAGAGUGCGGGGCGGUGGCGAGCGCCCCGGUGUGCAUGCGGGGCCCCCAUGGUGUUGCGGUCCGUGUGCCACCGGAAGGGAACCGGCGCAUGCCAAUACGAUGGGGGCACCAGCAGGCGGGCGGAUGUUGGCAGCGCCUCGACGUACUUCCUGAGGAGGGCGGGGCCAGGCGCAGAGUGUUGGCAACAGCGUCCGUGCUCAUAG